AUGGAAGCCAUUAGCGUAGCGAAUGACAGCGGGGAAGAGUUCGAAGAGGAACCAACGACUUCGUAUGAGCCGCCACCAAAAUUGGAGAAAUACGCGAAACUCUCUAGGAAAUUUUGCCCGGUUCCAAUCAAUUUGCCAAAACGCAUCUUCGAGCCACUCAAUGAUCGACCUGAAUUUCGUCCAUUCAUUCUGAAUCAACCCGACAACAUUGACGUGGCGCUCGGCACCGAGAAAAUGUGCAAAUAUUUUGACUCUCUCACAGGCUACGACCAGAAUGAGUUACGCAAAGAAAUGAUCAUCUCGGGUCGUUUGAUGCCAGCUUAUUUCGCGAAUCGGGCACCUCCAGGUUCUUUAAAUGGAUUUCUUCGACAGAAUAAUCUUUUCAAUGUAAGAAACUUGGAACAAAAAUACGCUCGGCAGGGUUCAGCUUUUGCCAUCCCUUCUCAUCAGUAUCACAGCGCUACUCCUCCUCCUCGUCAAUAUCAUAACGUUGCCGCCACUCCUCCAAACCAGGAUCGGAGUUUCUCUACGCAUUCUCGGCCUCGAUCGAGCUUUCCCGAAUCUCAAUUUCCGCUACGUUUUGAAGGUCUACAGCGAUUGCCGGACCUUUUUGCGGUUAUCAACUAUUCGACAGAGUUACGGAAAAAUGAAAUAAUUACUGUGGAAACGAUUGAGGCGACGUGUUUGCGA